AUGGCCGCCCGCCUGACCUGCUGCCUCCUGCUGUGGGCCCUGGGCCAUGGGGGCUGCCGCUCGCCUGAGGGGGAGGGCGCCGGCAGCCCGCCCGCCUGCCCCGUCCAGCCGCCGGCCGGCCCGGCCUCGUCCACCCCCGGCCGCGACCCCCGGCGCGGCUCUUCGCCGCCCCCUGGGCUGGGCAGCAUCGCUCAGGACAUGGUAGCUGUCCACAUGCUUAAGCUCUACGAGAAGUACAACCGGGAAGGGAGCCGGCCCGGCGACGGCAACACGGUCCGCAGCUUCAAAGCCAGGCCGGAAUUCUUGGCCCAGAAGCCCUUGUACUGCUUCAAUCUGACAUCCAUGCAGGAUUCAGAAAUGAUCCUUGCUGCCACUUUUCACUUCUAUGCUGACAAACGCCCUCGGCAUCGGGAGGUGUUUUGUAAACGUUCCAAGAACUCGUCCUGCCGCCUCCUUCACCUGCCUCCAGUCCUACGGCUCAACCUGGUGUUCCAAAGCAUUCACCAGAAUUCUGCCUAUGGGCUAGUGAAAGGGAAUAUCACCGUGCUUCUUCAAAGGCGAGGGGCUUGGCAUGCAAAGGACAUUUCUCACAUUGUAAAAGAAUCAAAACGAGUUGGAGAGCUCAUUCUCUGUGCUGAGCUUGAUUCUGGGGAGAAGCACCAGAGCUUCCCCGAACAAGUUGCCAGCCAUUUACCUUAUAUACUAGUUUAUGCCAAUGAUCUUGCAAUCUCUGAACCUAACAGUGUGGCAGGCACCCUACAGCGUUAUGACCCAUUCCCUCCCAAUGACGGGGACCCAAAUCUGUCCCCUAAUGCUUCUACUGACACUCGAGUUAGGAGGGAUACGUACCUUGCCAGCUCUAUUCAGAACAAUGAGUUGCCAGAAGUAGAUUAUAACAACAAUAAAUACAACAAACAUGACAUAUGGGAGAAUGCCUACAGAUCCUUGAAACCAAAAGCCUCACGCAAAGAUCGAAGGAGAAAAGGGCAAGAAAAUACAGAAACACUUAAAAAGUCUCAGGUGCUAAAUUUUGAUGAGAAAACGAUGAAGAAAGCAAGGCGAAAACAAUGGAAUGAGCCAAGGAUUUGUUCAAGAAGAUACAUGAAAGUUGACUUUGCUGAUAUUGGCUGGAAUGAAUGGAUCAUAUCUCCCAAAUCAUUUGAUGCUUACUACUGUGCAGGUGCAUGUGAAUUUCCAAUGCCCAAGAUUGUCCGGCCAUCAAAUCAUGCUACAAUUCAGAGCAUUGUGAAAGCAGUAGGAAUCAUUCCUGGCAUCCCAGAACCCUGCUGUGUUCCUGACAAAAUGAGCUCACUCAGUGUCCUGUUCUUAGAUGAGAACAAAAAUGUUGUUUUAAAGGUAUAUCCCAAUAUGUCAGUUGAAACUUGUGCCUGCCGAUAAGUUCGUACAAACACACCUUUAACAAGGCCUACAAAUCCUGCCUGACUGCUCUGGGAAGUUGUAAAGGAGAAAUGAAUCCACUUGUGUUGAUGAAGCAAUGCAAGCCUCCAAUUCCUCUACAGAAAGCACACGGAAAGACUAAAACAACGCACGUGCUUGCCUCGAAGGAUGGGCUGUACUAUCAUUUGUCUCUCAUAUUCAUCCUCCAGGAAUUCCGUACUUCAGAUACCUUCCUAACCCACCUAGCCAAGAUACCUGGUGUUUAGAAAGAAAUUUAAGUGUAAAGUUUUCCAUAAUCAAAGGACUAAAAUAUGUUUUUAUAUGUUAUUUUCUGACUAUUUUAUCUCUUCAGUUAACCGAGAAGAUGGGAAGUGAACUUGCAAAGGCAGGCUUAUUUUAGAAUAUCACUUUUGUACACAAAUCAAAAGUUUUUGCCUAAAAUACUCAUACUCUUAAUAUGCAUAUUUAUACUGAGAAAUGCUGUAAUAAAGGGCUUAAAAUGUAUAUUUUCUUCAGGAUUCAAGUAUAGUUCACUGCAUAAGUUUUCAUAUAAACAGUAUGUUAAUAUAGUCAUUUUUGGUUACCCUUCCUUAAUAUAUAAGUUGUUCUACAAAAGACAUGUAAUAUCCCACAUUUUUGGUUUGCUGGAUAAUUUCAGGUUGUUAAACAUAUUCUCUGAGUAACACAUACAGUAUAGUAAUAUGUUGAAAUACUAAAAUAAAAUAACCAAGAUUUAUAUUUUUGUAAAUUAUUCUUUAUAUCCUCUAGAUUGUUACAUGCUUUUAACAAAAGCUAAUAAAUUAAAGGUACAGUAGUAUCUAAAAAUA